AUGCCAAGGUUGUAUACUAACAUUCCAUGCCAGAAGCCAAAUCAUAGUCCAUCGUUGGACAGCGAACCUGUCCAAGCAGAUAUUCAGUCCAAGCUCCGUUCUAUUUGGGCAAAGGUUCUUCAUGAUGACCCGUCAAACUUCAAUGGAGAUGAUGUCUUCUUUGAGGUUGGCGGCGACUCCAUCACAGCGCAGCAUCUCAUUGAUGCGGCGGCCAAGGAUGGAAUUCGCCUCACCAUGGAGCAAAUCUUCAUGCACGCCUCGCUCGAGGAUAUGGCAGAAAUAGCUCAAAUGGCCGUGCCAUCAUCAGAACUACCCGCCCUAGAGGGCGACAGCAGCUCGCUGGACCAGGACCGGCUGGACACAAUCGCCAGUCACCUCCAUUUGCAAGCAGGAAGCAUUGAGGCAGCGUACGGCCUGACGCCGAUGCAAGAAUCUCUUCUCGUCGAGGAAGAAGAGAGGCCAAACUCGUACAUGCGACAGUUUGUUUUCCGCGUAGGGCCCAAUUGUGAUCUCGACCGCCUCCGCCAUGCAUGGAACGAGACUAUCCGAGCAAGUCCUGUUUUGCGCACACGCUUUUGCCACGUAGAAGGGCAAGAAAAGCAACAGGUGGUCCUCAGAGAGGAUGCCGAAACCAUACCCUGGAUCACCUUCAAUUCCAGUCUUGCUACGUUUCUCAAGCAAGAUGCGCACAUGCCAAUGGUGGUUGGCGACCGCUUUUUUCGCUACUCGAUUAUCGAAGACUCAGAAACUGGGGAUACAUACUUCGUCUGGACAGCGAGCCACGCUCUGUGUGAUGGUCACUCUGUUGUCGAGGUUCUGUCCGAUGUGGCGAGGCAAUUUCAGGGCCAGGCUGUGCCGGCACGGCCACCAUUUCAAUUGUUUGUCCAAUCCCCUGCUGUCAAGCCAGAAGCAGUCCACGAACGGCAGUUUUGGACUCGGGCUCUGUCCGACAUUCAUCCCAAACCAUACCCGACUCUACCCCAGCACCUCGAAUUCCGAGCCAAUCCAAGUGCUAUCUUGGAGCAUUGCAUCACCCUGGAUCAGCUGCCGCCGUUUGGCGUCACGAAAUCCCUCCUCCUGCGGGCCGCGUGGGCCAUACUGCUGUCGCACUAUACGGGUACCGAGGAGGUGGCCUUUGGUAUAAUCAACAAUGGGAGGUCAAGUGUCAUCCCAGAUGUGCCAAUGAUAACAGGCCCGACCAUCAACCUUGUGCCCGUUGUGCUGGGCGUCGAUCCCAAGCAGCCGGUCUCUGCCCUCCUCUCCCGGGUUAGACUACAAGCCGCGGAGAUGAUGCCAUUCGAGCACUCGGGCUUGUCCCGAAUCCGCAAAUUCCUGGCGACUGAAAACAACCAACAUCCCACGGCGAUGGAUCUGCAAAGCUUGCUCGUCGUCCAUCAUGCAUCCUUCACCAGUGCCAUCGCGCUGUGGAUGCAAAAACUUGGUCUCGAGUAUCUAGAUAGCCUCGGCAAGAAAGAGCAGCACUCAUUUCCGCUCGUCCUCACGUUCGUGUUGUCGAAUGAGGGUGCGGAUGCUACGCGUAUCCUGCUCCGCAUCGAACACGAUGACCGCGUCAUUUCAUCACCGCAGGCGCUGCAUCUAGCCCAUCACUUACAAGCCAUCAUCACGCAGCUCAGCCAUGCUGCCCAAGAUACCCUAAUUGAAUCCAUCCGUCCGCUAAGUGACCACGAUCUGCACCAGAUCAGCGUAUGGAACGCAUCCACGCCUCCAGGUGAGGAGACUUGCCUUCACCAUCUGUUUGAACACCAAGCGCGUCGCUCUCCUGACGCGACAGCAGUAUGCAGCCUAGAGCGUUCUUUGACCUAUGCUGAGGUGAAUGCGUACGCGUCAACGCUCUCCAUGCAGCUUGUUGAGCUUGGUGUGCGGCCCGAGGUCUUUGUUGGCGUCUGCUUCGAGAAGUCAAUCUGGACCGUCGUGGCCAUGCUCGCCGUCUUCAAAGCCGGUGGUGCGUAUGUUCCUAUUGAUCCUGCACAUCCGCCAAAUCGUAUCCAAGAAAUCAUUCAAACGGUCGGGAUCCAAGUGGCAUUGGCCUCGCCAAUUGGCCGCAAUAUCCUGGAGAAGUUGAUCAGCCCAGAAGAUUUGUCCAUUGUCCAGGUUCCAGAUGGCUUUACUCCUCAUCUCUACGUUGAACCAUCGUACGUAGCCAGCCCAUCGAACACGGCAUAUCUACUUUUCACCUCAGGAAGCACAGGGAAGCCGAAAGGGAUUCUCAUGCCUCAUCGGGCCAUCUGCACAUCAAUCCUGCAUCAUGGACCAGCUUUUGGCGCAGGUCCAGACUGGCGGACGCUGCAAUUUUGCGCGCAUACGUUUGACCUUUCAGUCGCCGAGUUCUUCACCACACUCUCUUUCGGCGGCUGUGUCUGCGUCCCAUCAGAGGAAGACCGAGCCAAUAAACUGGCGGGUGCCAUCACGUCGCUGGCGGCUAAUACUCUCAUCGUCGUUCCCACAGUCGCCAAUCUCCUCUUCCCGGAGGAGGUGCCGACAUUGAAGACGCUGAUCCUGAGUGGGGAGCCAAUCCCAAAGGAAUCCAUUACCCGCUGGGCCGAUCACGUCGAUCUUACCUGCGCAUAUGGUCCCUCGGAGACAGCUGUAUGGUGUUCAGGAAACAUCAACGUGACUUCAGACGCACACCAGGCUCAUGUUGGUCACAGUAUCGGCGGCACCAUGUGGGUAGUGGAUGCCGACGACUAUGGCACACUUGCGGCUGUGGGAUGUAUUGGCGAGAUUGCUAUCAGCGGCGCCAUUCUCGGAGGCGGUUACUUCGGUGACAAAGACACCACCGACGCGGCAUUUGUGAUGGCACCCGAAUGGAUUCGCAAUCUCACGGGCGACACGAUGCUGUAUCGUUCUGGAGAUCUGGCACGGUAUAACCCCGACGGCAGCUUCCAAGUCGUAGGACGGCGCGAUACGCAGGUCAAACUACGAGGAUUACGGAUCGAGCUGGGCGAGAUCGAGAACCGGCUGACGCAAGGAGGGUUGGUGGCAGCUGCUCUGGCCUUCCUCCCUCCGACGGGCCCGGCCGCAAGGCGCAUCGUGGCCGUUGUCAGCCAGGCCAAGUCUGACUUGGACCAGGCCGCGGCAGCAACGCCAACUGCACAGGGACAAACAGACUUCAUCGCCUAUAGGCCGCGUGGCAGCUCAGACGAGCUCAUAUCCAGGCUCAAGCAGCGUUUGCUCUCAACAGUGCCCGACUAUAUGGUUCCGUCCGUAUGGAUCGUGCUGGAGAGGAUGCCGCUUCUCAUAUCAGGAAAGAUCGACCGCAAGAGGCUGAAGUUGUGGGUGCAAGAAAUGAGUACCAAAACCUACAAUGACGUAGCUGGCAGCGACCAAGACAAUGCAGAUGGUGCUGCGGUGGUUCCAGGGUCUCUCGCCGACCAGCUACGACAGCUCUGGGCCGGUGUUCUUCCACUUUCGGCCGACGAUAUAACCAUGAGCACUUCCUUCUUUGCCGCUGGAGGUGACUCUAUAGCUGCUAUUCAGAUCAUAUCACAGGCCAGAAGGACCCUGCCCGACCUGCGUAUUUCGGCACGCGCCAUCAUCAACGCCAAGACGCUCGGAAAUCUAGUGACACUGCUCGAGGAUGAAGAGCACCGAAAGCGAGAGCAGCAGCAACAAGAGGACAAGACAGCCUCGAUCUCCAUCCAAAGGCUCGCCCCAGGAUCGGGAUUAGCAUUGCUCGCGCCGUACCAGUCGCUCGUUGCAUCACGUCUAGCAGCCAAGCCCACGACUGUCAGCAUUCAGAUCGAAGAUGCCUACGCGCUUUCUGCCUUCCAGCGCGAAGUCGUCCGCGCGCGCGAUACCAAUCCUGCGGUCCUGCUUAUGUCAUGGCGCAUGGAGCUCUGGUCCCUCACUCAUGAAACGCUCUCCCUGCCGCGCCUGGUAUCCGCCUGGCGGAGCGUCGUGGCCCGGUUUCCAGUACUGCGCUCCAUUUUUCUCAAGGAUUCCCCAAAGCGCCUAGGCCUUCCAGUUAUGCAAAUACUUUUGAGUGCAGAUGCCGCCGCCGAUGCUGCAGUGCUCGUGUCGGAAGCGUCAGCUGGAGAUUCAGAACCGGUGUUUGACGACUUGGUCGUGCCACCUGUGGACGAUUCAUUUCUCCCGCAUCGCGCACAUGUGAUUCGGCACGGGGAAAGGACAUACAUGCACGUCGAGAUGGAUCAUCUCCUCAUCGACGGGUGGUCGCUGGGGUUAAUCAAGAAGGCGCUGCUGGAGGCCUAUGAAACCGAAAGCGCUUACAGCGGUGUCACCAGCUCGUACAAGGCAUUCGUUGCCGCUCAAACUGCCCCGGAGCGCGUGCUCGCCGACGAUGGAUAUUGGUCACGCCUGCUACACGACUUGUCGCCGUCCUUGUUGUCAACCGCACUUCCCGAGCCUGACCCAGCCUCACGGCAGCACAAGCGUCUGAGGAAGACCCUCAUCCCUCUCCCUUCGAUCUCGGCCGCGAGCCUCAUCCCUUACGGCGCCGCUCAUGGCAUCACGCCGGCUUCCUUGUUCUCCGCAGCAUGGGCGCAGACGCUGUCACAUUUUACCGGGCUGGGUGAUGUUGCGUACGAAUUCAUCGUCAGCGGCCGGGACGAAGAUAUUGGUGACAACCUCGGCACCUCCGCGUGGGACCUUGUAGGGUGCUGCAUCAACGUGCUGGUGCAUCGAGUGCGGGUGGAUACGGACCUGGCUGGUUUGGCGUCGAGAAUCCAGGAGGCAAGCGACGAGGGAGUGCGCCGGCAGUCAUCCAACGUUCGUGAAGUCGCUCAAAAAGUGACCUCUGCGAAACUGUUUGACACGGCCAUCAAUUUCCAGCGACGGCCGGCCGCGGUAGAGAAUGAGACGCACACGCUGAGGGUAGACGACGACUUGAAGCGAAGUGUGGAUCCGUGGCAUUUUGACGUUCUCGUCAGGGUGCUGGAUAUCACCGACGACAACACCUUCCGGCUAUCGUUGGAAUUUUUCGAACAGGACUACAGCCCAGAAGCUAUGCAGAAAGUAGGAGAGCAUUGGUGGCAGAUGGUUCAGAACCUGACCGUCUAA